AUGGCUUCAGACAUACCUGGAUCUGUGACCUUGCCUGUUGCCCCCAUGGCGGCCACCGGACAGGUGAGAAUGGCAGGGGCCAUGCCUGCCCGAGGAGGAAAGCGGCGAUCCGGAAUGGACUUCGAUGAUGAAGAUGGUGAAGGUCCCAGUAAAUUUUCAAGAGAGAACCACAGUGAGAUUGAGCGGCGCAGGCGGAACAAGAUGACUCAGUAUAUUACGGAACUCUCCGACAUGGUUCCCACCUGCAGUGCACUGGCCAGGAAGCCAGACAAGCUCACCAUCCUGCGCAUGGCAGUCUCACACAUGAAGUCCAUGAGGGGCACCGGCAACAAAUCCACUGAUGGCGCAUACAAGCCUUCCUUCCUCACUGAACAGGAACUGAAGCAUCUCAUCCUUGAAGCCGCUGAUGGAUUUCUGUUUGUGGUGGCGGCCGAGACAGGGAGAGUAAUCUACGUGUCUGAUUCUGUGACUCCUGUCCUGAACCAGCCACAGUCAGAGUGGUUUGGGAGCACACUCUAUGAGCAGGUGCACCCUGAUGAUGUGGAGAAACUGAGAGAACAGCUGUGCACUUCAGAAAACUCCAUGACGGGCCGCAUCCUGGACCUGAAGACUGGGACAGUGAAGAAGGAGGGACAGCAGUCGUCCAUGCGCAUGUGUAUGGGCUCUCGGCGCUCCUUCAUCUGUAGGAUGAGGUGUGGAAAUGCUCCCUUGGACCAUCUGCCUUUAAACAGAAUAACCACCAUGAGGAAAAGGUUCAGGAAUGGCCUUGGCCCUGUGAAAGAAGGAGAAGCUCAGUAUGCCGUGGUCCACUGCACAGGUUACAUCAAGGCUUGGCCACCAGCAGGAAUGACCAUACCCGAAGAAGACGCUGAUGUCGGCCAAGGCAGUAAAUAUUGCCUUGUGGCAAUUGGGAGGCUCCAGGUGACCAGCUCUCCUGUGUGCAUGGACAUGAGUGGCAUGUCAGUGCCCACAGAGUUCCUGUCACGGCAUAACUCUGAUGGGAUCAUCACAUUUGUGGACCCAAGAUGCAUCAGUGUGAUUGGCUACCAGCCCCAGGACCUUCUGGGAAAGGAUAUUCUGGAAUUCUGCCACCCUGAGGAUCAGAGCCACCUACGGGAGAGCUUCCAGCAGGUGGUUAAGCUGAAGGGCCAAGUGCUGUCGGUCAUGUAUCGGUUCCGCACCAAGAACCGGGAGUGGCUGUUGAUCCGUACCAGCAGCUUCACCUUCCAGAACCCCUACUCUGAUGAGAUCGAGUAUGUCAUCUGCACCAACACCAAUGUCAAGCAACUUCAGCAACAGCAGGCAGAACUGGAGGUGCACCAGCGAGAUGGGCUGUCGUCAUAUGACUUAUCUCAGGUCCCGGUACCCAACCUACCUGCUGGUGUUCACGAGGCAGGGAAGUCUGUGGAAAAAGCAGAUGCAAUCUUCUCCCAAGAGAGAGACCCUCGUUUUGCUGAGAUGUUUGCAGGCAUCAGUGCAUCGGAGAAGAAGAUGCUGAGCUCAGCAUCAGCAUCAGGCAGCCAGCAGAUCUACUCCCAAGGAAGCCCAUUCCCUGCUGGGCACUCGGGCAAGGCCUUCAGCUCUUCUGUGGUCCAUGUGCCUGGAGUGAAUGACAUUCAGUCCUCCUCCUCAACGGGCCAGAACAUAUCGCAGAUCUCCCGGCAGCUGAACCAGGGCCAGGUGGCAUGGACAGGCAGCCGUCCACCCUUCCCAGGGCAGCCCAGCAAGACGCAGUCAUCUGCCUUUGGAAUUGGAUCAAGCCACCCCUACCCGGCUGACCCUUCGUCCUACAGUCCUCUCUCCAGCCCAGCUGCCUCCUCACCAAGCGGAAACGCAUACCCCAGUCUUGCCAACCGGACUCCAGGGUUUGCUGAAAGUGGACAGAGUGGCGGGCAAUUCCAGGGCCGGCCCUCGGAGGUCUGGUCCCAGUGGCAGAGCCAGCAUCAUGGACAGCAGAGCGGUGAGCAGCACUCCCACCAGCAGCCUGGCCAGACUGAAGUGUUCCAGGACAUGCUACCCAUGCCGGGCGACCCGACGCAGGGGACUGGCAACUAUAACAUCGAGGACUUUGCUGACCUGGGCAUGUUCCCUCCAUUUUCUGAGUAGCUUGAGGCAAAGCUAGGCUUCUACUGCCCAGGCACUAUUAUCAUGCCAUAGAUGCCUGUGUUCAAAGAGGGCCCCCCUCACCCAACUUGCCCUGCUGCAGAACCCCAGAAAACUCCCUUAUUCCCCAUCUUCCCUGGACAUGGCAUCACCUGGCUCUAACCCACAGCCCUGGCUUCUUGGGUUGGGUAUCUUUGUAUUUAUUGUACUUUAUCUGUGUGCUCGGAAGGGGGCCUCCAGGGUCUUAAAUUUCAUUCUGAAUGAUCUA